CUGAGGUGCAGACAUCAGACAUGCAAUGGUCAAUAGGGGACGCCAUGUGAGACCGCCUGCCUGAGUAGCAUAUAUAAACGUGGCUUUUCACAGCUUUUCAUUUGCUUGAAGCCGGAUGGUGCUGCUUACAGCCAGGACAGACAAGUGAUCAGUGAUCCUUCAACCUGAGCGUCAGUCAGGGAGGCUCUCUGCGCUUUUCUUUCCUCUUCAUUGGUCUCUCUUUCUUUCUCUCUCUCUCACCUCUACAGUUCUUUCCUCUGGUUCUUUGCCCCUCUCUGCCUGUAUCUUCUCUCCCUCAACCAUGCCUCCGACCCUGGCCACAGCGUUCGCCAGGCGCUGGUGGAUGGCAGUGACUUCCAUCAUUGAAAAUCUGCUGUUUUCCGCCGUGCUUUUGGGAUGGGGAUCGCUCCUCAUCAUGCUCAAGUCAGAAGGCUUCUACUCUUACCUUUGCAACGAGGAGGGCAACAGUUCCAGCUACAAUCUGUCCCAACUCAUGGCAACGCCAAAACCUGAUGACUAUGCAGACUACUAUGAAAAUGAGGGUGGCAUGGUUGGUCUGGGAGACGGAGUGGAGAUGAGGCCCCUGAUUCCUAUGGAUGGGUCCCUGAGGAUGAAUGGCUGGCUGAUUUGUAAAGAACAGGAUGAGAUGCUGAAUCUGGCAUUCACAGUGGGCUCCUUCCUGCUCUCGGCCAUCACCCUGCCACUGGGGAUUAUCAUGGAUAAAUAUGGGCCUCGCAAGCUACGACUGCUGGGAAGCACGUGUUUUGGAUUGUCCUGUCUACUCAUUGCCUAUGGAGCCUACAAACCAAAUGAACUCUCUGUCCUUAUCUUCAUUGCACUGACUUUUAAUGGCUUCGGGGGCAUGUGCAUGACCUUCACAUCUCUCACACUCCCUAACAUGUUUGGAGACCUCCGUUCCACUUUCAUCGCCCUAAUGAUUGGCUCCUAUGCCUCCUCUGCUGUCACCUUCCCUGGUGUCAAGGUGAUCUAUGACCUUGACGUAUCUUUCAUCACUAUCCUGGUGGUGUGGGCUGCCUGUGCGGGACUGGUCUUCUUAAACUGCUUCUUCAACUGGCCACUGGAGCCGUUCCCAGGACCAGACGACAUGGACUACAGUAUAAAGAUCAAGUUCAGCUGGCUGGGAUUUGACCAUAAAAUCACAGGAAAGCAGUUCUACCAACAAGUGACCACAGUAGGCCGUCGUCUCAGUGUGAGCAACAACCUCAAGCAGAUGGAGCUCGCCACCAAUGACGGAAACAAGUUCUGCCUCUCCACAAUGGACCUGGAAAUGGAGUGCAAGCCAAAUGACGAGUCCCAGUCAUUCUUCAAAACCAUCAUCAGCCCGAUCUUCAUGCUCAGUCUGUUGACCAUGUCUAUCACUCAGCUGCGUCUCUUGUUCUACAUGGGAGCCAUGAACAGCGUCCUGGAGUCGCUCAGUGAUGGAGACCUCAACAAAGUGGAGAGAAUGGAAGUCGUGAGUCUUUACUCCUCCAUCUUCGGCAUGCUGCAGCUGCUUUGCCUGAUGACCACUCCUGUGAUUGGUCAGAUCAUGGACUGGAAGCUGAAGGACUGUGAUGACGGAGACGAGAAAAAGGAGCCCUGCAGCGAGGUUGAGAUAAAGAAAAAGCCCAGAGACAAAAAGACCCAGAAGGUGACAAAUGCCUUGCGAGCAUUCGUCCUCACAAACGUCCUUUUAGUGGGAUUCGGGAUCACCUGUCUAGUGCCAAAUCUCCCCGUGCAGAUUGUGUCAUUUGUCUUACACACUGUGGUGAGAGGAUUCAUUCACUCUGCUGUUGGCGGCCUAUAUGCUGCUGUGUAUCCCUCCUCCCAGUUUGGCAGUCUAACAGGCAUGCAGUCUCUGGUCAGUGCUGUGUUUGCUCUGCUGCAGCAACCCCUGUUUCUGGCUAUGAUGGGACCCCUACAGGGAGACCCAUUCUGGGUUAAUAUUGGACUCUUAGUACUCAGUAUGCUGGGCUUCUUGUUGCCUCUCUACCUGAUCUGCUACAGGCGGAUGCUCUACAGACAGCAAAAGCAGAGGGAGGACAACGCUAAGAUCUACUUCAAAAUCAAUUGCUCUGACAUUCCUGAGGCCUAUGUCUAAAGAAACAUAUAUGAAGAGAAAUGGAUAGAAGAGGAUGAAGAAAGUUUUUUUUACUGAGAGACAGUAAUAUGUGUGUAACGCAUAGGCAUAGGCAUUUUGCAUAGGCAUGCAAAAUGAAAACUGAAAUCGUAACUAUUUAGAAUAUACCAUUUAAACUGUGAAAUUGGUACACACACAAACUCCAAAAUCCCACCAAGAUAAACUGCUGAUGCUGCCGUUGUCACAGAAGCAAGUCAGUUUGACAGUCGCUGAGGCGAGAAGUGAAACAUGGAGGG